GUACCAUUGUUACAGAUAUUCUAUAUUUGAGGAGUGUGUUUUUUAACCUCUUGUUGAGACUGUGUGACGCUCUUUUUAACUAACCGAUUCAGAUCUGAAUACAUCAAUAAUAAUUGUACUAUAUAUACAGUGUCAUCUUUGUAAAUAGAUUAAAAACUCUAAUUGAUCAAAUAUAUUUAAGCCUAACCCAAAGUAAAUAAUAACAAACUGAAACAUUAUGACCUCACCAGGAAAGUUUAUUGGUUCUCCUACAAAGAGAAGAGAAAUGGACAUUAUGAAAUUAAUGAUGAGUAAUUAUAAAGUUCAAAUGAAUGAUAAUCAUGCUGAAUUUUUCGUUAAAUUCUAUGGACCAAAGGAUACUAACUAUGAAGGAGGUGUAUGGAAAGUUAGAGUAACCAUUCCAGAGAAUUAUCCAUUUAAAUCACCAAGUAUUGGAUUUGCCAAUACAAUUUAUCAUCCAAAUUGUAUUUUAGAUGUAAUUAAUCAAACAUGGUCACCAAUGUUUGACCUUAUUAACAUUUUUGAUAAAGCAGCUGCAUUUCUAAUGAGAGAUGCUGAAGCUUAUAAAAAGAAAGUUAGAGAUUAUGUUGAAAAGUAUGCAAAAGAAGAAAAUAUUAAAUUUGAAUCUCAGGAUGAUGAUUCAGAUGAACAAGAUGAAGAACAAGAUGCUCUAUCAAGUGCUUCUGAAGGUUUAGAUGAAAAUGAUUUGGCUGAAUUUGAAUUGUAA